ACCACGACCAUGUCGACAGCUGCGGCCCUGCUCAGGGCCCAAAUCACAGAUAUUCACGCCCAAAUCACCACUCUCCGACAACAGAUCGUGUUUCUCGAGGGCCAGCAGGCCGGUUUGCAUGCACGGCUCAUGGAGACCAAGUACCCGAUCCUGACGCUGCCUGAAGAUGUGACGAUCUAUAUCUGGGCAUUUGUAUUGGGUUCUCAAGAAUCCAAUCUCGAUUCACGCACGCUGCCGUCCCUCACGCUUUCGAGCGUGUGUCGUACUUGGCGACAGCUCGCACUGUCAACGACGAUGCUCUGGACGGACAUGACUGUGUCAUGGGCGUCUCUUUCUUCCGCGCAAUGCAAUACGCUUCUUUGGACGUUCCUCGGCCGCUGUGGUAGCGCCAAACCUCUCGAUGUCCACUUUCACUUUAUUGAAGAAGACACUUCGUCCCUCGCUGAGGCGUUUGCCACGUUGUCCUCCGGCGCGGACCGCUUGCGAAAGAUUCGGCUAUCCAAUGACCAGUUGUUUUCAUCGCUGGAUUGCCUACCUGAAUUGUUGCCCAUGCUCGAAACACUCGAUCUCGGGACUUUCCUUCCGCGAGCCCAUCUGGGACAAGUCAAAAGCAGGUUCACGCCUAGGCUCCGCUCCCUGAACACAAUAUCUGCCAAGGCCCCGUUCACCCUUGGGCUCUCCCUCGACAACCUCGCAAAACUAGUCAUCUCUAGCUCCGAUCCCUCCGUGCAGCAGGUCGUCGCCCUCCUACGGCAUACCCCUCGACUUGAAAUUUUACACCUGAAGAUCUUCAACGAUAUUGCGCGGGCGAGUGAUAUCCCAUGUCCGCUAUCAUGUCUUCGCGAGCUGCGGUGUACCAGCGAUGUCAGCACCCAUGUCCUCAAGUACUUAACAUUGCCCGCACUCCAGGAUGUCACGUUCAGUUACAUCGUCGAUCGCGGCUCAAGGGCAAUCGAAGACUGCAUGCUACGCUCGAAAAUCAUGUCUCUCCGCUGCCUUACACUUUCCCACAUACGAUUCAUGUUCAUCCGGUCCAUUGUCGCGUCUAUGCCGCCGAUGUUGGCGAAGCUAACACUCGCCGAUCUUCCCUGGGACUACCUCGAAACCCGCGAAUUCUGCCAGGAGGUACGCCGAGGGGCGUGGUUCCCGGGAUUGGCGGCCUUGGUUGUCGACCGAUGGUAUUUAGAGAAUCCCUCUCUGGAAACCGUCCGAUUAUGGGUUGAGACAGUGAUAACCCGAUGGGGAAGUGCGGUUCCCGACUCGGAGUCAUGGUCCUCUCCUGAGUCUCCUCCGGAUGGCAAUGAGAGCGAUUCCGACGAGAGCUCGAAAACACCACAGCCAGCUGCUGCUGCACAGCUGCAAUCCUUCCAAUUGGGGAUUCUGCAAGAGGACGCGGACUCGGACCUCAGGGCAUUGUUGAAGCCAUUAAAUCAAGUGCACAAGCAAGGCUUAGACCUGAAGAUUUCUCUGAAUGCAGAAAAAUUGAGUGACCAAUAA